UCGUGGUCUGUCCCUACUCCGCCGUCAAAAACCGGUGAAGCUGUUGCCUUUUGUACCAAAGUGCCAGCAUGCCAGUUAUGUAGUGAAAAAUAGUUGAAAAUUCGCAAGGUGGUCGUGCAGGUUAUAAUUGUGGUUUAGUUGACGAGGCUAGUAUGAGGCUAGUUUUUUUCAAAGUUACGAUUGUGUAGUAGUAACUAGUACCCGGUGGCACGUGCGCUGCAUGGAUUGGCUGUUGUCAUUAAUAAAUUUUUCAUAACGUAUAACGUAAAAACUAAACUUAUUUUCCAAGAUGUGGGUUUUUAUACUUUGGUACUCAUUCGUAUUAUGCUUAAACCAAAUUACUGCGGAUAAACAAGUCAAUAAAUAUGUAACAACGUUAAUCGAUGCCAAGUGGAAAGAGACUCCUCUGAUACUAGAGGUAGCUGAGUAUCUCAGUGAUGAAAGUCAUGACUACUUCUGGGGAUUUGUCGAUGAAAUAUCGAGCAGUUCAUAUUUGCUGCCACCAAAUGCCAUGGAAAGAGAUGCAUACAAUGUCGCUAUCACAGCUACGAAAAAGUUCUUAACUCCAGCUGAAAUAGCUGUGCUCAAGCUAGGACUCUCACUGAGAACAUAUUCAUCGCGAGUUGAAAUGUUCAAUCAAAUGGCAGAGAAUAGAAACAUUUCGCAUCUGGGCUGCAGUGUUGCAAUGGACAUUGGUGGAAAGCUUACUUGUUCGUUGAAAGAUUUGGAAGAUCUAGUGAACAAGCAGGCAGAAGUAGAAAUAGACACUUAUAGUGUGGAUCAUCAUUAUCCUGGUGGCGAGCAAUCUGAUAAGACUGUGAUUCUUUAUGGUCAAAUGGGAACAACGGAAUUCAGCGAAUUCCAUAGUACAUUGAAGUCUUUGGCUGAACAAAAGAAAAUUGAUUAUGUUUUGCGCCACUAUGUAAACAAUCGAUCAGAAAAGAAGUUGCGUUUAUCAGGAUAUGGGGUUGAACUUCAAAUGAAAUCUACAGAAUACAAGGCUACUGAUGACUCUGACAUUAAAGACAAUUCAGACAAAGAGGCCGACUCAACAAGUGAUGGAAUUGAAGAAAUUGAUGGGCUUAAUUUUGGGAUUUUAAAGAAUUUAUACCCAGACAAGCAGGCCGAACUGGAUAAGUUACAGACGCAUUUACUAGAGAAUAGCCAUGAGAUUGGAGCAUUAAAAGUAUGGCAAUUUCAAGACUUAAGUCAUCAAGCUGCUGAAAGAAUUAUGAAAUCACCUGCAAGUGAAGCAAUCGAUGCACUUACUGAUAUCGCUCAGAAUUUUCCUAUGCAGGCUAAAUCUUUGAUCAGAACAAAAGUGAAUUCUGAAAUGAAGAAAGAAAUGAAACUGAACCAAGAGAUAUUCUCUGCAAACUUGAAUAUUCAACCCACGGAUACAGCUUUAUUUCUUAAUGGACUGUUCUUCGACUUGGAAGCAAUCGACAUUUUGACUCUCUUGGAGUCGUUACGUGCAGAAUUGCGUGUAAUGGAAUUACUCCAUAAAAUUGGGUUUGCAAAUAAGAAAAUGAAUAAGCUACUGGCUUUAGAUUUGUCAGGGAACGGAGAUAGCCAAGAUUUUGCUAUAGAUAUCAGAGAUUCAGCAAUCAUAUGGGUUAAUGAUAUUGAGAACGAUUCACGAUACAAACGAUGGUCACCAUCACUAACUGAGCUUUUACGACCAACAUUUCCUGGCAUGCUCAGAAACAUAAGAAGGAAUCUUUAUAACUUGGUCAUAAUCAUUGACCCUCUGAGCAAAGAUGCAGUACCACUAAUCUCCUUGGCUGAGUCACUAUACACACAUUCCGCUCCGCUUCGUGUUGGCUUCGUUUUUAUCACCAAUUAUAACACUUCUGUAACAGGUCAAACGGAUGCCAGUGUUGCAGUCAAUAAUGCAUACCACUACUUUGCUGAAUCACUCGGACACAAAGAGGCAAUGCGUUUUCUUUCAGAUCUGAGACACUUUAUCGAUGAAGACGAUACAGAUGUGGGUGAAAUAAGAAAAGCUAUUCUGGCUAGAGAUUCAUCUGCUGAUGUAAAUUAUAUCCUUGGAGAAGAAUCAGAGUAUGAUGUCGGACGUCAUUUAGCUAAUGACUUUGUAAAACGUACUGGAUUCCAUAAAUUCCCUCAAGCCUUACUGAAUGGAAUACCUUUACCAUCUAACCAGCUUAGCUCAGAAUUAUUUGAAGAAGCAGUUCUUUCCACCAUAAUGACGCAGACACCUGCGUUUCAAAAAGCUGUAUACCGGGGUGAGCUCACCGAAGGCGACGAUGUCAUUGAUUAUAUCAUGAAUCAACCUAAUGUUAUGCCCAGGUUGAAUGAGCGUGUUCUGAAAGUAGAAAAGCAUAAUUGGCUUGACUUGAUUGGAAGCAUGCCUGAAACUAACGAAAUCUCAAAGUGGAGUUCACAAGAUACUUCCAACUGGCUCAUGGAACGGAUGAAAUACGUAUAUAUAUCUAGACGCAGCGCUGUACACCACUUAUUUACUUUCUGGAUCGUAGUUGAUUUGAACUUAUCUAUAGAUAGACAAUUAUUACGAGAAGCAUUUGAAUAUGUGAAAUCGAAUGCAGAUGUAAGGAUCAGUAUUAUUGUAAAUGGCAUUGAGAAUAAUAGUAGACCUGAAAUUGACAUAAACAAAGUUGUGCUUGCCGCAUUAAAUGCAUUAUCAAGUGAAGAAGCCAUGAGAUUCAUUCUUCAAGUUACACAGGAUGAUGCAAUUUCUCUUAUCACUAAUGGCAAAUAUGAAAUUGAGAAUGAAGAUGUGAAAAAGAAAGUUGAUGAACAAACAAUGACACUUGAGGUGCACAAGCACUAUGUAAGAAAUGCACUACAUUUGGAAAGUGGAAUGAGAGCAAUCAUAUGUAAUGGCCGUAUAAUUGGACCAUUCGAUGAAAGUGAGGAAUUUACAAGUGAAGACUUUGGUCUGUUGGAAAGGUUCAGUCAAAAUACCUAUGGUAAUAAACUGUUUAAACAUGUAAUGAAAGCAGAUUCUUUGGACGACGAUGACGAAUAUGAGAAAAUUGAUAUCACAGAUGAUAUGAUUGUAAAAAUCGUAGCACUGUUGGUACCAAGACCACAGACAAGGAGCCGAGUUGAUGUGCCAUUUCACAGUGACGAACACAGCGCCAUCAAAAUACCAGCAGGAGAUCCUGACAGCGUAGCAUUCGAUCUUACUGCAAUUGUUGACCCAGUUUCUCGGGGGGCACAAAAACUUGGACCGAUUAUAAGCACUCUGCAACAGACCCUAAACUGCCAUGUAAAAGUAUUCCUAAACUGUUUGGACAAAAACAGUGAUAUGCCAUUGAAAAGUUUCUAUCGAUUUGUACUGGAACCGGAAUUACAAUUUACACCAGAAGGCCAGAUCGCUGGUGCAAUUGCUAGGUUUAAUAAAUUACCAACUUCGUCGUUACUUACUCAGCAUAUCCAUGCACCAGAAAAUUGGCUGGUUGAAGUUGUGCGCAGCGUAUAUGACUUGGACAACAUUAAAUUAGAUAAUGUAGCGAUGGGUGUGCAAAGUGAAUUCGAGUUGGAGCACCUUCUUCUUGAAGGGCACUGUUUCGAAGCUGUAAUGGGGAAUCCACCCAGAGGAUUACAGAUAACUUUGGGCACUGAAAAUGAACCCGUAAUAGUUGACACCAUUGUUAUGGCUAAUCUGGGAUAUUUUCAGCUAAAAGCUAAUCCUGGUGAGUGGCUUUUACGACUAAGGCAAGGAAGGUCUGCUGAGAUAUACGACAUCACGAGCGUUGAUGGUCAAGAUGUUAUUCAGAGUGAAAACAAUGUGAAGGUUGUUAUAAGUUCAUUGCGCAGUCAUGUCUUGAAGCUGAAAGUUUCCAAGAAACCAGAUAAAGCAAAUGUAGAUCUUUUAUCAGAAGAUGAAUCAAGCUCUGGUUUAUGGAACUCAAUAUCUAGAACAUUCACUGCGGCUGAAGAAAGCGAAGAUAAAGAUGAAAAAUUGAAUAUAUUUUCUCUAGCUUCUGGACAUCUGUAUGAGAGAUUUAUUAAAAUUAUGAUGCUCAGUGUAAUCAAGCAUACUAAAACACCUGUCAAGUUUUGGUUCUUGAAAAAUUAUCUUUCUCCUACUUUGAAGGAUUUCUUGCCACAUAUGGCCAAUAAAUAUGGCUUCGAAUACGAAUUGGUACAAUAUAAAUGGCCCCGUUGGCUCCACCAACAAACUGAAAAGCAAAGAACCAUAUGGGGAUACAAAAUUCUCUUUUUAGAUGUGUUGUUCCCGUUAGAUGUGAAGAAAAUCAUUUUCGUUGAUGCAGACCAGGUUGUCAGAGCUGAUUUGAAGGAACUAGCCAAUUUAGAUCUUGGUGGGGCACCGUAUGCAUACACGCCAUUUUGUGAAAGCAGAAGGGAAAUGGAUGGGUUCAGAUUUUGGCAGCAAGGUUACUGGCGAAAUCAUCUACAAGGAAGACGUUAUCACAUCAGUGCUUUAUAUGUGGUAGACUUGAAACGAUUUAGGCGCAUAGCUGCUGGUGAUAGACUCAGAGGUCAAUAUCAGGCUCUUAGUCAAGACCCUAACAGCCUCUCAAAUCUCGACCAGGACCUUCCAAAUAAUAUGAUACACCAAGUAGCUAUAAAGACUUUGCCUCAGGAAUGGCUUUGGUGUGAAACGUGGUGCGAUGAUGAUUCCAAGCAAUAUGCCAAAACUAUUGACUUGUGCAAUAACCCAAUGACAAAAGAAGCUAAGCUCCAAGCUGCUAUGCGCAUCUUACCGGAAUGGGUUGGAUACGAUGAAGAAAUAAAGAGGCUACAACAGGAAAUAGAAAACGCGAAUCGACAGACGGAAAGAGAGGAAGGUGAAAUGAUGGAUGAUUCUCCAGCACAUGAAGAGUUGUAAACCUGGAAUUGUGAAUAUUGCAUUUUUACUGUAAGGUGUGUGAGGUGUAUUUUAUCAUUAAAGUUCAUUUAUUGCAGUUUUCAUGUCACUUUCAUAAUAGCAAGCCAUUUUACAAGCGUUGAAAAUAGAAAAAUAUCUCGACAAGAACACUAUUAAUGUAGAACAUUAAAAUUUUAUUAAAACAUUUAAUUGUACAUUGAACGUGAACGGGAAUGUAUGACAUUGGCAAAUGUAUGUAACAACGUUCUGGUAAAUUUGUAUCAUUUGUAAGUAACAAUUGAAUUUUCGUUUUUCCUAUUUGUAAAUACAAGGACUGAAAAUUCGAAUAAAUGUCUGUUAAAAUUA